AUGAACAUCCGGUGUGCUCGUGUGGACGAUUUGCUGAGCAUGCAGAAUGCGAAUCUGAUGUGUCUGCCGGAGAAUUAUCAGAUGAAGUACUACUUCUACCACGCGCUCUCCUGGCCGCAGCUCUCCUAUAUUGCGGAGGAUCAUAAGGUAAUUAGUUUUUCAAGGAUACUUGUUAGCAAGUAAGGUCUUAGGGAAAUGUCGUUGGAUAUGUUCUCGCCAAGAUGGAGGAGGAUCCAGGAGAGGAACCACACGGACAUAUCACCUCGCUUGCCGUAAAGAGAUCCUACAGACGCUUGGGUGUGUCUUCACAACUGUACGACGCCAUUAUUUUUAAAUUUUUAGGGUUGGCCAACAAGAUGAUGGAUCAAACCGCGAGAGCGAUGGUCGAAACUUACAAUGCCAAGUACGUGUCGCUUCACGUUCGCGUCUCCAAUCGUGCUGCUCUGAACCUUUACAAGAACACCCUCAAGUUCGAAAUCUGUGAUACCGAGCCGAAGUUAGUUUCAAAGAAUAUGUUUAUCCGUUAAGUAAAACAUUCAGGUACUAUGCUGACGGAGAAGACGCAUACGCGAUGCGUCGUGAUCUCGCAAAGUGGGCCGAGGAGCGGAACAUUGAGCCAGCGGACAAAGAAACUUACAAUACAAAAAGCAACGACGAGAAGAAGAAGCAGCGCCACUGA